AUGGGCAUGGUUGCAAAGUCCACGUUCUACCGUAUUCAAGCUGAAUACUGUCAUGAUGUCAUUGAGAGCUUCUGGGAAGAGAAACGGUCAGCGGUUAUAGCUGAGGUCCAUGACAGAAGUGUUGUUGCUCUAGGCGAUGGAAGAAUGGACAGCCCAGGAUUUUCAGCCCAGUACUGUACUUACACCUUGAUGGACAAUGAGACGAAGAAAAUUAUGUCCAUCAAAACUGAAGAUAAAAGACUAUGUGGUAGGAUUUCUACUAUAAUGGAGAGAGAGGCUUUCAUCAAGAGCUUCAAUCAGCUGAAGGGAGAGGUAAACCUUACAGAAGUCUGUACCGAUGCCCAUACACAGAUUUCUGCUCUUUUCCGAAAUGGCAUAUUCAAAGACAGUGGUGUGGAACACACAUACGAUAUGUGGCACGGAGCAAAAAACUUGGGCAAAAAGAUACAUGCAGCUGGCCAGCAAAAGGGAUGUUCCAUAUUACUACAGUGGAACAAAGAUAUUUGCAAUCAUUUCUGGUUCUGCUGCAAUAAAGCAAACACGUAUGAGGAGUUUUUUAACAUGUGGAUGGGCUUGCUGCAUCAUGUCACUGGGGAACAUGUGUGGCCUCUAGAUGCAUGCCAACAUGACCCACUGGAAAGUGAACGUGAGAAAGAGUGGCUUGUCAAAGGUUCAACGGCGCACAACGUUCUAAGUGAGAUCAUUCUGAAAGAACGUUGGUUAAAAGAAGUACCAAAGUAUCUGAAGUUCAGAUCAACCGCACGCCUGGAAGCAUUCCACAGCCACCUUCUUAUGUAUGCCAGCAAAAGAUUUAGUUACGACCCGCCCAUCAUGGACAUGAGAAUGCAACUUGCUGCCCUUGAUUACAAUCACCAUGUACAUAGACCUGCUAAAAGGAAUGCAGAUGGAGCCAUACAAUACAGAAAAGUAUUCAAUAAAAAGUCUAGGUGCUGGAGGAUUUAUGCAAUCAAAGUUGAGAAGGACUAUGCAUAUAUCCCGGAACUCCAGACAAUGGUCGUUACAGCACGAGUGAACAGCCAAAAAGGACUCCCACGUCAAAGAAAAUACAGAGCCAUGGACCCAAGGAGAUUGGGUUUGCUGUCAACUAUCCCUGCCCCAACAACACAGGAGUUACUAGAACACCAGCGCACCCGAGGAGAUGGUAUUGACUAA